AUGGGGACGGGAGCGCGCACAUGGGGGACGACGACACUUACUCACACCAUUCAAAUAAAAUGCACUGACUACCACAAAACUAAGCGGAAUAAUCUUCAGAAAUGGCAUCUAAAUGAGUAUAGAGAAAUGAGGAGGUUUGUGAAGCUGACUGUCUGUGCUGUGAGGCUGUACAGUGGAGGAAGACCACCUGUCCCGUUAGGAGGAAGAAUCCUCACUGACCCCGAUGACAUCUUUCAGCAUAACAUGUGGGAUCAUGUGCAGUGGACUGAAGAAGAGAGAGAGAAAGCGCAGCAGAAAGCAGAGGAGAACUCGAAAGACAAGAUUCCCCUCGAAGAGCAAUCAAAAUACGACAGAGAAGCUCAUACAUAUUGGGACCGAUUUUAUGAGAUGCACCAGAGCAAGUUCUUCAGAAACCGGAAUUGGCUCUUCACUGAGUUCCCAGAGCUUCUCCCUCCAGACGCUGCAGGAACGGAGUCUGGGAAUGGAGAAAAACACCAGCCCUGCGGUUCCAGCACAUUAACCAGUGAAACGGACACUUUCCCUGGACAACAUGCUGCUUUUAGGAUACUAGAGGUGGGUUGUGGUGUUGGUAACAGUGUGUUUCCCAUCAUCAGCACCAUCAGGGGCAGGAAGGCGUUUCUGUACUGCUGUGACUUCUCAUCUCGAGCCGUUGAGCUCAUCCAGGAGCACCCAGACUACGACCCUGCGGUGUGUCAUGCGUUCGUGCGGGACAUUCGUGACCCGACGUCCCCAUUUCCCUUCCCCCCUGAGAGUUUGGACAUUAUUCUGGUGGUCUUUGUGCUCUCUGCCAUCCACCCAGCACGAGCUCAAGGAGUGGUGAAGAGUUUGGCUGGACAGCUGAAGCCGGGAGGGAUCAUGCUGUUCAGAGACUAUGGCAGAUAUGAUCUGUCACAACUACGAUUCAAAACAGGUCAGUGUUUGUCUGAAAACUUCUACACGCGACAGGACGGAACCUGUGUGUAUUUCUUCACAAAAGACGAGGUUCAUCAUUUGUUUUCUAAUGCUGGUUUGGAGGAGAUUCAGAAUUUGGAAGACAGAAGACUGCAGGUAAACAGAGGGAAGAAGGUGGUAAUGCACAGAGUGUGGAUGCAAAGCAAAUACCGGAAGCCUUAUCUGACUUCAGCAUCAGUCUAGCACACUGAGCUCUACACAAAUGCAGCUACUUAUCAAGGACAUUUACCUUUGUAACAGACCUCAAGUAUAAUAAAUGGUGGAGAUGACACUGUAAAAACAUGAAAAAACAAUCCUUAUUAUAUUUUCUGAUGUGCCACAAUUGUGUUUUGUCAAUAACUCCCAUUUUGUAAUGAAUGCAUUGUCUUUGCAUUAUUAGAUAUUUGAGUGAAUUGUCUUUACGAGUUCUGAAAGUAUGAAAGACCUUUUUACCAUUGCAUAUCAUCAAAUAAUAAUAUGAUUUAAGUUAAAAGAUGUUUGAUUUUUCAAUUUAAGAAUAUUUUCUACUGCUAUGCUGUUUUACUAUUAUUAUUAUAUCAAACCCAUUCAUUUUAUUUGUUCUUUAAACAUGUAUUUGCUCAGGCUUUUUAUAGAAUUGUUUGAGAUGUACAUUGAAUGUUGUUGUUUUAUAUUUGUGAUGGCAAAUUGGUUUCCAAAGAAAUAAAGUUGAUUUAUAAAAUGUU